UUAUGAUUUUUCGUCUUGCCGAUCCGAUCGUGUUUCGUUUAAUACAUUUUAGUGUUAAUUUUAAUAUCGUGAGUUUUUCUUACUUAUUUAAGUGCAAAUGUCCACAAACCUAGCGUCACGCUUUCUGGUACUGUCCUCCGUCGGGAUAGGGAGUUAUUUCGUUGGAUCGUUCGUAGAACGGCGAAAAAUUACAGACGUGUGUCGUCGACCGUCCGAAAGUGCUGAUUACGUAAACGAACGGGCCGGUAGUUUGUUACGGGACAUCGUGUCUAAACCGGGCUUGCCUAUUUUUGGAACCGUGUCUGCUGCUUCUCCCAUUCCGGCAGAACAAAAAGCGGUAGUGCCCAGCAAUGUGAGUCGUAUCGGGCAGAUUAUGAAGUAUGGCUUUCCGGGGUUGGAUAAUGUUCGCUCGUACGAUGAUUAUGUGCUAUCGUAUGACCGAAGGUCACGGGUUGCCCAUUGGGUGUUCGAACAUCUGACGGCGGAAUCGGUGAAGCCCAAUGACGCGGUGGAUCGAUCCAAGUCUGACUUCAAACCGGACGAAAGCAUACAUCCGUUUUUCCGAUCGUUAAAUUCGGACUACAAGGGAUCCGGGUUCGAUCGAGGACAUAUGGCUGCGGCUGGAAACCAUAGGCGUCAUCAGCAACACUGCGAUCAGACGUUCUAUCUGACCAAUAUGGCACCGCAGGUCGGUGUCGGUUUUAAUCGAGACAAAUGGAACGACCUGGAGCGCCACGUGCGAAAGCUAACUAAACACUAUCCGAAUGUAUAUUGCUGCACAGGGCCGCUAUAUCUGCCCCGGAAAGAGGCCGAUGGCAAACUGUACGUAAAAUACCAGGUGCUCGGCUCCAAUAACGUGGCAGUUCCAACGCAUUUCUAUAAAGUGGUGGUGAUGGAAACCGCCGAUAGUAAACUGGAAAUGGAGGCCUACGUACUGCCGAAUCAGAAAAUUGACAACGAGACUCCUUUGACCAUGUUCCAAGUGCCACCAGAGACGGUCGAACGAGCAGCUGGACUGCUCUUUUUUGACAAAAUUGCCCGGAGUCAACUGUCUCGGAUCAAUGGCAAGAAAGUGUGAUUCGAUUACACUCGUAGUUAGUAAUUUGAUCUGUCAUCGGUCAUUUGAUAUUUUAAAUUGUUCCUUGUGGGAAUGUUGCAAUAAAUUAA